UUGGACCCUGAGCCCCUGACAGCCGGGCUGCAAAGGGGUGAAGUUUUUCUGCACGCCGCAGAGAUCAGGGCCACCGAGCCAAUCCCAGGGUCUCACGGAGAGAUGCCGAUGGGGAGCCUGUUGCCCAUGUUCAGCAGCCCCCCCGGGGGCGGGCUGGGAGGUGGGGGCGGCGGCGGUAGUAGCGGCUUGGGCAUCAGGAAGGUAGCCGGGCCGGGUGCUUUCCGUCUGACGGAGAAGUUCGUCUUGCUGCUGGCGUUCAGCGCCUUCAUCACGCUCUGCUUCGGAGCGAUCUUCUUCUUGCCGGAUUCUUCGAAGCUGCUCAGCGGAGUCUUCUUCCACUCCAACUCGGCUCUUCAGCCGGCUUCGGACCACAAGCAGGGGCUUGGCUUGGGAAACAUCAAUGCAGGGGGGAAGGGGGAAGAGGGGAGCGAAGGUGAGAGGGCAGCGGCUGCUGCCGCGGCCGCCGCUGCUGCGGACAAUUUGGCCAAGAUUCGAGAAGACCACGAGCGAGCCUUAAGAGAGGCCAAGGAGACACUGCAGAAGUUGCCCGAGGAGAUUCAGAGGGAUAUUCUCCAGGAGAAGGAGCAAGUUCUCCAAGACAAACUGCUCAAUAAAGGGAAUGCUGGUGGACUGCCUCACCUGGAUUUCCGCCCUUCUAUCGGGGCUCUAGGACGGGAGCCCAAUGACCCAGAAAUCCGUCAGAAGAGGGCAAAAAUCAAAGAGAUGAUGAAACAUGCUUGGGAUAAUUAUAAACUUUAUGCGUGGGGAUUAAAUGAACUGAAACCUAUAUCAAAAAAAGGACAUUCAAGUAGUUUAUUUGGCAACAUCCAAGGAGCAACAAUAGUAGAUGCCCUAGAUACUCUCUUUAUAAUGGAAAUGAAAGAUGAAUUCAAGGAGGCAAAAGAGUGGAUUGAAAAAAAUUUAGAUUUUAAUGUGAAUGCUGAAAUUUCAGUUUUUGAAGUGAAUAUACGUUUUGUUGGUGGACUUCUCUCAGCUUACUAUCUCAGUGGAGAAGAGAUAUUUCGAAGGAAAGCAGUGGAACUUGGAGAAAAAUUACUUCCUGCAUUUCAUACUCCCUCUGGAAUACCUUGGGCAUUGCUGAAUUUGAAGAGUGGAAUUGGUCGAAAUUGGCCUUGGGCAUCUGGAGGAAGCAGUAUUCUGGCAGAAUUUGGAACCUUGCAUUUGGAGUUUGUACAUUUGAGCCAUUUAUCCGGAAAUCCAGUCUUUGCUGAAAAGGUGUUUGGAAUUCGAAAUGUUCUGAACACACUGGAUAAACCACAAGGCCUUUAUCCCAACUAUCUAAAUCCUAGUAGUGGACAGUGGGGUCAACAUCAUGUAUCAGUUGGAGGACUAGGAGAUAGCUUUUAUGAAUAUUUGCUGAAGGCAUGGCUAAUGUCAGACAAGACAGAUUUAGAAGCUAAGAAAAUGUAUUUUGCAGCCGUUCAGGCCAUUGAGACUCAUUUAAUCCGGAAAUCCAGCGGUGGUCUGACCUACAUUGCAGAGUGGAAAGGUGGCCUUUUGGAACACAAAAUGGGUCAUCUGACUUGUUUUGCUGGAGGCAUGUUUGCGCUUGGUGCAGCCUGUGCUUCUCCAGAGCUAACGCAGCAUCACAUUGAACUUGGUGCUGAAAUAGCCCGCACAUGUUAUGAAUCAUAUAACCGCACUGCAAUGAAACUUGGACCAGAAGCUUUCAGAUUUGAUGGUGGAGUGGAAGCUAUUGCUACAAGGCAGAGUGAAAAAUAUUACAUCUUGAGACCUGAAGUGAUUGAGACUUAUAUGUACAUGUGGAGAUUAACCCAUGAUCCAAAGUACAGAAAAUGGGCCUGGGAAGCUGUUGAGGCACUGGAAAAACACUGCCGGGUAGAUGGAGGCUAUUCUGGCCUCAGGGACGUUUAUCUAAAGCAAGAGAGUUAUGAUGAUGUGCAGCAGAGUUUCUUCUUGGCAGAGACUCUGAAAUAUCUCUAUUUGCUGUUUUCUGAUGAUGAUCUCCUUCCACUGGAACAUUGGAUUUUUAACACUGAGGCUCAUCUUCUACCAGUUCUCCGCAAGAAUAAUCAGGAGGUGGAAGAAAAUCACAAAUAAAAAAGAUUCUGAACACAUUGUUUUGCUGCAUUCCUUUAAUUUCCCUACACGCCUUGAGAGUGCCCUUUCUUUUAUUCCAGGCACAUUGCAAACUUUUAUUAUAAUUGGUGUGGUUCUUCUGAGUUCUAAACAAAUUGUUUUGCAGUCCAUUAUGUUUAGUAGGAAAUAUUUGUAAUUGGACUUAAAUUCUUUAUCAUGUCUUCAGUUCAUCUAGCCAAUUGAGCCACUCAAAAAGAAGGAAAAAAAAGAAAUUUGCCAUCUUUAGAAUUUAUGAGGCUGUUGAGUCACUUUUGCCAAGCUGAAUAAGUGGGUCUUAAGGUUUAAGGUGACCUGUUUACUAUAAUUUUAAUUUGACUGCAAAAAUUUUUCCUCCUCUAUGAGGAGAUAAUGUCUGCUUUAAGCUGUAAUAUUUUGCCAUGUUGCAAAAAGCCAUAUAAAUUAAUUAUUAAAACAGCUUUUUUUUUCUUUCCAAUUUCAUGUUAAUCUAGUUUGUCUGUUCACCCAAGAUGAAUCGUGUAACUGUGACAGCCUCUGAUGUAGGUCUAUCAUUAUUUGGUAGAAUACCUUUUAAAAUACUUCACUCACAUUAUAAUCUAAAUAAAAAUCAACAAAGCUAUUAUCAUCCCAUGUUGACCUAAUUUUCCUUAGAGUUGCAGUAGAUUUUACUGUAACUCAAUUGCAUUAGUGUUUUUAAUUUGUGAAUUUUCCUCAAAUUUUGUUUUAAAUGUACUGUAUUUGUUGCCACCUGGAUCAUUUCUUCUGUUUUCCAAUAUAUCAUAGUAUGCAUUAUAAGGACAGCUUAGUGUGAGCAAAAUAAAUGAUUUUGCAAAAGUCUGCUAUAACUGAAUUAUUCUUUUUAAAAGGGAAUAGAAAUAGAAAACUAUUAGUUUUUGCUUUUGAUGGCUAUAUGAAGAAAUACGGUCAUUUUAAAAAUAGAACAAGUAUUUCAUGUGACUUUUUAUUGUUGAUUUCUUUGCAAUUAAUCUCUGUGAUUGUAUUUUUUUGCAAAAUAUUCCAUUUACUCCAGAUUAUGAACGAAGCUCCAUUCAAAAGUAGUAAAUUAUUUUAAUGUAGAUAAUGUGAGUGUUGGGUUUCAGCAUCAUUAAAGAAGAUCCUCAUUCUAAUAUUUAUUCCUGGUCAACUGACAGAAAAUCCAAACAAGCAGCUCCAAAGGAGCCAAACCCUUCAUAAUAUAGUAUUUCAAACAUCUCAACAUAUAGGUCCCAAUUUACUGAAGCAAUGUAUAUCUGUGCUAAAAACCAUGUCCAUAUUUUCUUUCUGUUUUACUCUAUUCAGUCUCCCAAUGAACUCCAGAACUCCCAAACAAGCUGGCUGUAUUCUUUUCCUUUGGGGAACUAAAGUACAUGAUAUCAGCCAGCCCUUCUCUCAAAUUUAAACAAGAUAGAUAGUAAUAACAAUAGAUGUUCUAUAUCGAUAUACAUAUGUAGGUAUAUGAUUGGAAUAUUAAUGUAUAGCUAUGACCCUGAGGCGGUAAUGUAUUUCUUUGAUCUGCAGUAAUUUCUGCCAGGUCAACAAAUAUGUGCAAUCAUGUGUUUGUGUGCACACACACACUAUUUAAAAAAAAAUAGAAUCCUUUACAGUAACAACUGUUAUCUGCCCUGGUUAAGCAAUAGGAUAUUUUGGUUGAUCAAUUAUUUGAAUUGGUAAUAAUACAAUAAACAUUUAGUUAGAGAACUUAACCAAAUUAACAUGAUUAGAUCAAUUUUCAAUUAGAAUAAAGUAAAAAUAGACUUUAAUAAUGAUAAUAAUUAACCUUUCAUGAUUCAGAAAGUACCUCAUGAAAAAUAUCAUUUUUCAUCUUGGCAAUGGGCAAAAUCCUAAUUUAGAUCUUACUGAAGGACAGAUAACAGAGCUUACUUUAUAUGAUGUUCCAUAAAAUGAAUCCGAUUGAGUUCUCUUAGAUGUUGUUGGUCCAUAGAAAUUAAAAUUUAUAUGUGUCAUUCAGAAGAAACAGAUUUCCCAGGACAUGGAUUUUUCCAACUGUGUUCUUACCUGGAACAAAGAGCCCUCUUUGAAGAAGGGGACAAUUUUUUACCCUUUCCAUUUCAUUCUUCAAAUCACACUGUGAUAUAAUUUCAUUGAUAAUAUGAUUCUUAAAAGAAAAAAAUGAAUUUUUGAAUUGAGGGCACUUUUUUCUAGAAAAAGGAAAAUAGUUUUGGUUUCACCAUCUCUUUUAGUACCAUAUUGUUUUGUGUUCAUCAGUGAAAUGGUCAAUAUGAUAAUAUCUACAUACACUAAAGAACCAUCAGUUUUUAGACAGCUAAAUUUUCAAUUCAGACUUGUCAAAUAUACCAGGACAAAGCCAUGUGCUUUAAAAGAAAAUGAAUAAAGCCACUCAUUUUCUCAGGUCUAAUUAGACUUAAUGGAUUCAAUUAAUGUUUAAUAUUAAAUGUUUCCAAAGACCUCCUUUAUCUGAAUCAUCUUUAUGUAGUCUACUAUCUUUUUAUAUCUUCUACUUAUGGAUCAGAUAGAAAAUACAUCAAUAAAUUAUUAUUUGUAUAAUAAUGUGUUUCUUAAAUCUGGAAUAACUUCUAGGUAAAAUUUUAACUCUUUUAAUGAAGUAAAUACACAUAUAAUUUAUUAUGGAAAGUGGAGGUAAAAAAACAAAAGUCAAAAAAAAAAAAAGAAAGUGAAGGUAAGAGAUAAUGCAUGUAUUUUCUUUUUUUCUCCCAAGCCUUUAAGAUAAUAUAGGCAGGACUGUUGCUGAAAUUGGGCCUUAUGUGUUCAGAUUCUAAUUUUCAUGUUAGUUUCCAUAGAAUGAGGAAAUUAAAUAAAUGUAUUUUCUUGAUUUCAAGUUUUGAUUUGAAAGAGCACAAAGCAGAUAUAUAUUUCUGCAGCAGAUAGUGUUUUAAAUUCAGGUUGUAUGUAAAAACUGCACUAUAAUAUACCUUUUGUAUCCUGGUGUAAGUAGACAAGAAGAUUGUAACACAUAUUGCUCUGCCGAUGGCAAGGUUAACCUUUUGUAAAUUCUAGAACUUGGGUUUUUAAAAGAAAUCCCCAAACACCAAAAAUGUAUACAUGAUAAGGGAUUAAUACAUGUUAUUGAAACUUAGCUGGUAAUUCUUAGUUUUGAAAGUUUUAAAUGACUCAGAUCUUUAUGUAGACAUUGCCUUUCUUUCCUCUUCAGCAUACCAAUGCAGUUAAGUUUACAUAUGUUGACAUUUUGAAAGAAUAAUUUAAACAGCACCCAAAUUUUGUUGUCAUGAAAUGGAUACAAUUUGUGAAAUUAAUAUUGCAUUUAUCUGUUGUCUGGCAAAUCUACAAUACCCAAUGAUGUCUGUGAUGAUUUCAUCAUGUGUUACCCAUUUCUAUGCAUCAACUGUGUUUUGAUUUGUAUAUAAAUCCAUUUAGUCUUUUUCCAAAUUUAUAUAAAUCUCUAAUGAUAUGAAAUACAUAAUAGAUCAAGACAUACUUUUUAAGAGCUAUAUUUGUAAAAUUUCUCUAUGGUGAAUAAAGUCUUUUAAUAUAUC